AUGCUGCCUCGUAUGUGCCCCUUCCUUUUCAGCUUGAAGACGCGCAAGAUGCUGCUGAAGUACACGGCCUUCGGGCCAUCCUUCGCUGUACAUUGGACACAGGAGCACAAGGUGGGCUCCUUCCUGAAGCGGCGCGCCACGGUGCAGACAGAGCUGAACGCACAGACGGAUCCCCGGAAGAUGCAAGAGCUAUCCCAGGAAUUGUCCAACAUCGAGGAGCACGUGGUGAGGUCAAACUUUUGGCUUGGCACUCUUCAGAGCACUCUUGUGAGGCUGCAGAAGGGGGAGGAAUUCCUCCGCCAGGCAGAUGUGGCCAUGGGCAUCUUGGCAAAGGCCAGCAAGCUCAUGGAGGUACAGUUUGAGGGGGAGACAGGUUUCGGCGUGGCCGUGACCCAAUCCUUCUAUGUGGAGGUGGCACAAGCACUUCAAGACCGCAGUAUCAACAGUACAGUACCCAUGUGGGAGUAG